GCUGUGUGUGCAUGUGCGCGUAGGAUAGUCUGGAAGGUUCUGGAGCAAAGUCCAUGAUGAGUGGACACAAACUGAGAGGGUACGGGUGCGAAACCUUCCCAGGAACGCUCAUUUAACUCGGGGUGCUCUGUGGUCUGGACUGCCUUGGAAAAGAAGGCGGGGUGCCGGGGACUCUGAUGGCUGGGGAGCAGGCCCUUCUUGCCAGAGGGGCUUCCUGCCAGGCAAAGCUUCCCGGCGCUCGUCCCAGGGAUUUGGCUAUGCCACCCAGGUGGCCUCUGGGAAAGCCUGAGGGACAAAGGAGGCAGAAACAGCAGAUGACUGUUACCCUAAUUCAUAGAUGUGGCAGGUGAGGCCCAGUGAGGAAGAGGGACGUGGCCAAAGUCGUGCUUGCUGGGACCUGAACCCAAGCCCCGGGCUUCCCACUGCAUUGCCCCACAGCCGAGAGGGCCCGGGGCUCCCACCUCAGCCCCAGUGGUUGCCACAUUUGGUCAGAGCCAUGCGUCCCUAGGCCAAGGUCUCACCUUGGCCCCAGACCUCAGUCUGGGAGGCCUGUGUCCUUAUGGGCAUCUGGGCCUGAUAAGGCUGUUGACGGUUUGAGGCUUGUCCAUUUGACUGAUGCUUGCCGUCCUUCGGUGGGCCGAUAGUGUAACUGACAGCACUAGGCGGGCCUGGGAACUGAGCCAGGAGCAUUUGGCGCCUAAGGACAACUGGCGAUUAGUAUGAAAUGCUCACAACCCUAACCGUCCCCAUCGUCGCCAUCUAAUAGAGAAAGCAUGGCACCGUGUUAAGAACACAGAUGCCCAAGUGCCCUGCCUGAGUCUGAAGCCUGGCCUUGCCAUUUCCAGCUGUGUGACUUUGGGUCGAUAACCUAACCUCUUUGGGCCUCAGUCUCGUUGUCUGUACCACGGAGCUAGGGGGUGAACCUACCUCGGGGUUGUUGCGAUGAUUAUAUACGACGGCAUAUAAGGUUCCCGGCACGGUGCCUGGCUGGCAAUGGGUUCUUCUCUUUCAGACUCCCUAGGUGUGUGUCUUCCUCCUAGCGACUUUCACCAUUUCCGAUUAUUUUGUUUGUCUAUACAGUUAUUUGUUGAUCGCCGAUCUCCCCCAUCAGCUCCAAGAGUAGAUGUCUGUCCUGCUCACCGUGGUCUCCCCAGUUCCUAGGUCAGGGCCUGCACCUCGUGGGUGCCCUACAGACAUACUACAGUGAGGCUAGAAUGUGAGCUCUGGCCAAGCAGGGGCUGCUUCUGACUUGGGCACUCCUGGGUCGCCAAACCUGGAACUGCCUGGCACAUAGCUGCUGGAAUGGAGAGCCCCCUGGCAGACCGUGCUCAGGGUGGGCAUUUCCAUGUGGUCACUCCUCUGCUGGAGAGCCGGGCACUAUCCCAGGUGGCAGGCACGACCGUCUUCCUCAAGUGGGAGAACGUGCAGCCGGCCGGCUCCUUCAAGAUCCGGGGCAUUGGGCAUUUCUGCCAGGAGGCGGUCAAGAAGGGAUGCAGACACUUGGUGUGCUCCUCAGGGGGCAACGCAGGCUUUGCUGCUGCUUAUGCCGCUCGGAAGCUGGGCGUCCCUGCCACCAUUGUGCUCCCUGAGGGCACCUCCCUGCACGUGGUGAGGAGGCUGCAGGGGGAGGGGGCUGAAGUCCAGCUGGCUGGAAAGGUCUGGGACGAGGCCAGUCUGAAGGCGCGAGAGUUGGCCAAGAGGGACGGUUGGGUGAACGUCCCUCCGUUUGACCACCCCCUGAUCUGGGAAGGCCAUGCCAGCCUGGUGCGAGAGCUGAAGGCAGCACUGGGGACCCCACCGGGGGCCCUGGUGCUGGCAGUAGGCGGUGGAGGGCUCCUAGCUGGCGUGGCAGCUGGCCUCAUAGAGGUGGGCUGGCAACGUGUGCCCAUCAUCACAGCAGAGACCCAAGGGGCACACUGUUUCAAUGCAGCCAUCAAGGCAGGCAAGCUAGUCACACUGCCAGACAUCACCAGUGUGGCCAAGAGCCUGGGUGCCAAGACUGUGGCCAGGAGGGCCCUGGAGUGCACGAAGGAGCUGGAGAUCUUCUCUGAGGUAGUGGACGAUGCCCAGGCCGUGAGUGCUGUGCAGAAGUUCCUGGACGACGAGCGCAUGUUGGUGGAGCCUGCCUGCGGGGCAGCUCUGGCUGUCAUCUACUCAGGCCUCCUGGGGAGGCUCCAGGCUGAGGGCCGCCUGAGCUCCUCCCUGGCCUCGGUCGUGGUCAUUGUGUGUGGAGGCAACAACAUCAACAGUCAAGAGCUGCAGGCCCUGAAAGCCCAGCUGGGUCAGAGCUGAGGGCCCCUCCUCCGGACGGACACACCCGCAGGUGGCCGAGGGGCCUCUGGGCUCGUGGAUGGCGCAGCCGCCUCCUACAGGAAGCCCUCCUGCUCCCUGUGACUCCCCGCAGCCCUGGCCAAUAAACCCUUUCUGAGUCGAAUUUGU